UCGCCGGGCCCGGGCUGGGGCGGCCAUGGAGCAGCCGCCGGGCGGGCGGCGGCGCCGGCUGGUUUCGGCGCUGGCGCUGGGGCAGCGCUGCUGCGAGGUCACCCUGGACGAGGAGCGGGGGCUGCUGGCCUGGCGCGACCCGCGCCCGCCGCGGCGCGGCGGCGAAAACUGUUCUGUACCAACAUCUGAGAUAAUUGCAGUAGAAGAAACUGAUCUUAACAAGAAACAGCGUAACAGUGGCAAAUGGCAAAAAAUGGCAAAGCCGCAUGCUUUCACAGUGUACUAUGUGAAAAAAGCCCGAAAUCACCGCUGGCGGUGUAGUGACGUGACAUUUUGGUGUGUUGAUGAGCAGUUGUGUAACCAGUGGAUACAGGCACUGAAAGAAUUACUUGAAUUGCAGAAAGCUAGACCAAAGCAGUUGCUUGUGUAUAUUAAUCCAUACGGAGGAAAACGACAAGGGAAGAGGAUUUAUGAACAGAAAGUUGCUCCACUAUUCAGUCUGGCUUCUAUCUCCACUGAUGUUUUUAUAACUGAACGUGCUAACCAUGCUAAGGACAACUUAUUUGAAGUUAAUAUUAAUAAAUAUGAUGGUGUUGUCUGUGUUGGUGGGGACGGCAUGUUCAGUGAAGUGAUGCAUGGUCUCAUUGGAAGAAUGCAGAAGGACUCUGGCAUAGACCAAAAUAAUCCCAAAGCACCGUUAGUCCAGUGCAAUAUAAGGAUUGGCAUAAUUCCUGCUGGGUCAACAGAUUGCAUAUGUUAUUCAACAGUUGGCAUUUCUGAUCCAGUAACAUCAGCUCUACAUAUUAUUGUAGGUGACUCUCAGCCUCUGGAUGUCUCCUCUGUACAUCAUAACAAUACAUUUUUGAAGUACACUGUGUCAUUGCUGGGUUAUGGUUUUUAUGGAGACGUAUUGAAAGAUAGUGAGAAAAAGCGGUGGAUGGGUCCGAUGAGAUAUGACUAUUCAGGCGUCAAGACUUUUCUUUCUCAUCAUUGCUAUGAAGGAACAAUUUCUUUUCAACCAGCAAAACACACACUGGGAUCUCCACGAGAUAAAGAUAGCUGCAGAACAGGAUGUCAUAUUUGCAGGCAAAGUGAGCAACAGCUGGCAGAACAGCGCAAGAAACGUGGAUUAAAACAUGAAGAUGAUGAAGAAGAAUGGAAGGUUAUUAAAGGAAAAUUUCUAGCUGUCAAUGCAGUAAAUAUGAGCUGUGCCUGUCCACGAAGUCCAAAAGGUCUUUCACCAGCAGCUCAUUUGGCAGAUGGUUCGGCUGACCUCAUUUUAGUUCGUAAAUGCUCCAGAUUUGAUUUUCUACGGUAUCUUGUCAGACAUACAAACCAAGAUGAUCAGUUUGACUUCUCAUUUGUAGAUGUUUAUCGGGUGAAGAGUUUUCAGUUUACAUCAAAGCUUUUGGAAGACAACGAAAGUGAUGUCACGGACAUAGGAAAGAAACAUUUUGGCCAGUUCUGCAGAGAUCACCCGGCCUGUUGCUGCAAUAUUGCUAAUAGCACCUGGAAUUGUGAUGGAGAGACUCUGGAUAGCUCAGCAAUUGAAGUGAGGGUUCACUGUCAGCUAAUGAAGCUAUUUGCAAGGGGUAUUGAGGAGAACUGUAAGGAAGCUGCGAGCAACCAGAGUAGAGUUGAACAAUUACUAUAGAUACUGUUCCUCGAAUGGGGAGAAGAAAAACUAAAAGCUCAAGGAAAUUGAGUAAAUAUGCAUUUUAGUCAAAUUGACAAGUAUUUUAAAAUUUUAAUUUUGUUUUUGAUGGAUUUAGUAUAAUUUUGGACAUUUUAUUUCAUCUGUGUACUUUUUUUAAAAAAAGAUUUUGAAUCAUUAAAAUACAUCUUGGAGUAAUGUAAUCUUUAGUUCUGUAUGUUAGAGAAGAGAGGAUUGGUGUAUGUAUAUAUUCACAAUAAUAAAUACGCUUUUCUAGAAAGCUAAUUUAGCAGUUGCAUUGCAGUAAUAUCUAAAUGCUAUAAAAUACUGGAUUUCCCAUUGACAUCAGGACAAGAUAUUAUUGGUGUCCAAGAAGAUGUUCUCUCCUGGGAGUGUUCUGUAGUUGCCUAUAACUUAGUACUGGAAGUUAGUAUGUCAUUUACAUCAUUUUAUUUUCAUUUUCUUGAGUAAAAUCUUUCAUCUUGCAAUUCUGUCUCUACCUUGCAACUUAUCAAUGCAAUUCAAAGAUACAUUCCUGGCUUUAAGAAAUAGUUAGAGAGUUUAGAAAUAUUUUGAAAAAUAAAAAGCACACCUGUAUAUACAUCAUACCUUAUACCCUAUUUAUAAAUGCUUCCUUGCAUACUAUUCUUUGGGUUAUAAAGGGUUUUUAUGAUGUUUGGGUGAUACCAAAUACCAUACAUUGCGACUGAAAUAUCUUACAAGCAGCAAACAGAAAUACCUACAGUACCAGGAAGGAAUAGACAAGGAAACAAUAGAAGUGUGUUGUAAAACACCAGCAAGUUUUACAUAAAAAAAAAAAUACAGUUAACAUAUGAAAAGUUUCCCUCUUAAGUUCAUAGUUCUUUGGAGAUUCUACUACAUACAUUAAAAUGUCUUUGCAAAAUAAGAUGUUGUAAUGUUAAGUUUAAAAAUAUCAUAUGAUGAUUCAAAGUUUUUUAAGUACUGUUUUAUUUAACUAAAUACAAAAGAAAAUAAUUCACAUUGUGAAGUCAAGGGAAGAAUCUGGAAUCUGAUAAAUCUCAUUUACUAUGCUGAUUUGUUUUUAUAGCCAAAACAGACUAUCCUGUACAGCUAUGGAGUGUUUAUUUAAAUUGUGUAUUAAUUUAUGUAUUGUGACAUGUGUUCUGUGUACAGGCUUGGGGCUAAAUUUUGCUCUGCUUCUACAGAUUUAUGCCUGUUCAGAGAGGAUCAGAAGUUAGUCCCUGAUCUCUUCUAACUUUGUUUUUAAGUAUGUACGUCUCUUUAAAACUCACUACAUCUGACUGCAUCUGAACAGCUAAUGAUUCACUAUUUCACUAAUAAAUAUUCAUCUAUAUUUAUUGACACGUCUGUCAUUCAGCUUGUAUUAGUUUCAUGUCUCCUAUAUAUUUCUCAGUGUAAGUCUUGGUUGUUCAGUUUAUUACUAAAGCACUUAAAAAUACAGGUGAUGUAAAAGGCUAUUUUUUUCCUCUGAAAAGAUUUACAUUCCAGUCUUGUAUAAUACCAAAAUGGUGUGCUAUAUCAUUGCUACAAAGUAUUCAGACUGCUAUAUAUGAUAAAACACAUGAAAAUGAUUUUUGCUUAAAGUACAGUAAUACAAAGUUUAGGAUCUGUUUUUUAUUAUAUAUAGUAUUACAGAAAAAUACUUGAAUACUUUUCCAAAAGUAGUGCUAUUUACUGUCUUCUUUAAUGCAAUGAGCUGAUGAUGAAUCCAAUGUUUUUCAGACAAUAUAGAAAAGUUAUUUAUGCUAUGCUGUAUUUUUAAAGCCAUGUGUAAUAAAUGAAAGUUUUUUGAAUGAAGAACCCCACUGAAAAUUGUGCAGUUCUAAAAAUACAAAUAUUUUGUAAAACUGUCAUCUGUUUAAAAAGUUCUACAGUUAGCUUGGUCUGUCAGUGAGUAUUGGGAAAGAACAUAGACUUCAAAUUAUUUUAAUUCUUGGGUAGGAUACACAGGAUAUGUUAGUGUGUGCUUAGCUCACCAACAGAUGACGUUCAUGACGCGCUGCAUUUUCUCAUUUCUGAGAUCAGAAAUAACUACUAACCAGCUGUCCUGGUUAGUUUACUAGCAAAUUAUUAGGCUCUUAUUUGGAAAAUGGGAGGAUUAAUCUAGUUAUGAAUGUAUACUGAAAAACUUUGAAGACCUUUAAUACCUGAACUGUGCACUUUGUGUUUCCAACAAAACCCACAACGAAAGUCCUCAUUCUAAGGAAAAAAAAACACCAAAAAAGAAGAAAAAGGAGGUUAUGUAAUAUGGUAAUGAAGUGUAAAGAAAAUAAUAAGCAUGUUGCAACAUAAGAAUGAAUGUCUUGGUAGACAAGGUACAUAGCUGCAUUCGAAUAAUUCUACCUGUAGCAUAUUAUACUAACAAAGCACCAUAUGUGAGUUGUAUGACAUGUCAAGUUUCCUUUUAAGAGAGCUACAUAAGUAGUAUCUGCUUAUGUUUUAACUCUCGAUUUGUUCUCUGAAUGUGGUCUCAGUAUGGAAACUAUGAGAAUACCAAGUUUGAUUUUUUUUUCCCUAGUCUUGCUGGCUUCAAGAUUACAAAGUGUGUUUUGUUUUAUGAGGCUAAGUGGAUUCACCAGAAAAAUAAAAUUAUGUUGUACAGUAA